AUGAAGGAAGGUGAGAGUUUGGCAACUCAUCUUCAAACACUGAAAUCUCUGUUUCUUCAACUACAGCAGAGAGGUAAGCGUUAUGAUGAGACUGACCAAACAUACAUUAUCCUUUCAAGUUUGCCUGAAAGCUGGUUGCCUGUGAUUAACAGCAUGGAGAAUAUGCAUCCCCGAGAUCUGACCCUUGAGUAUGUGGUUGGCAGAUUGACCAAAGAAGCAGAAAGAAGGUCAGAUAGACAGGCUGAACUCCAAGAGCGGAGGAGUUACAGUCGAGGGGGCCAGCAGCAGAAUCUGCCAAUGGAGCAACGCCAAGGUUUGGACUUGGCCAUGGUGGUGAGGAGGUGCUAUAGAUGCAACCAACCUGGGCAUCUCCAACGUCAAUGCAGGGCAAGACUUCCAGGAGACGACGUGGAGCAGAGACAGCAAUCGACGCAGAAACAUAAGCAGAAGGGGUUCUCUUCAGGGAAGAAGAACACGCGUUCUGCUCAGUUUGUGUCUGCAUUUUCUCGAGAGGAGAGGAAGAUACCUCGAGGAACAUGGUUGCUGGACUCUGGCAGCAGCAGGAUUAUGUGCAACAGUCGGGAGGACUUUAAGACCCUGGAGAAGCCAGCUGAUGGAAAAGACUCAAUCUAUCUUGCUGAUGGUCGUAGAAGCAAGAUUGAUGGCCAGGGAACAUGUUUCCUGCAGUGGUUGAACACUACUCUACCAGAGAUUCUGUUUGUCAGCAGUUUGGACUAUUGUUUACUGUCUGUAAGCUGUUUGAUUAAAGCAGGGUAUAGUGUUAAGUUCACGCAGGAUGGCUGUCUGAUAAAGAAUGGAACUCAGGUAUGUGGCUAUGCAAAGAUGGAAAAUGGGUUAUAUGUAAUGCAGGACAAGCCUGUUAAAGCAGCCCAGGUGGUUUAG